AUGUCCCCAACACCAUCACCUAAUGUGAAAUCCAUGUCUGAAACUCAAAAAUUCCAUCCUGCCUUGUUUAUCGCCAAUGUGAAAUCUCUUAUUCCUAUCACAUUGGAUUUAGAAUCUUGGAUUUACACCAAGAUUUCCUCCAACAUCCUCACCUCCAUUCUCAUUGACAAUGACUGGGAUGAACAUGCUUGGAAAAAUGUUGCUGAUUUUUUACAAGACAAUAGAAAUUCAAAGGCUGUGUACCUUAAUAAAGAAUUUACCAACACAAACCAUGCUAAUUUUUCGACGACAAAUGCUUAUCCCAAUCGUCUUAAAAGUCUUGUAGAUCAACUAGCCAAUGUUGGGGCUCCGAUCAGUGAUCACAAACAAGAAGACUUUACUACCUUUGCUAUGGCUCGGCCCAAACUCGCAUUGGAGGAGACCACACAUUUGGAGCGAGCAAAGCAAGAUUCUAGUUCAACUGCCCUUGUUGCUAAUAAUUAUUCUCUUGAUGUUAGUUCCUCUUUCAAAGCACCGCGUCAAAGUAAUAAUUCCAAUGGUCGUGCAAAGAUCAACAAAAACCGCAACAAUACCAAAAAUCGUAACAAAAAUAACGGCAACGGUGGUAACAACCAAGCUAGUGGCGGACGCAACAACAAUCGUUGGGGUAGUCAGACUGUUGGUGGUGGACAUCAGUGGAAUCAGCAACAGGACUCAACCUCCUUGGUGGGAGUUAAUGCAAGAUCUUUGGGCCAUGCCUCCAUGUCCUUACCCAACUCAACCAUGGGCUCAUCAACCUAA